ACAUAAUUAGACACCUACUUUAAUUUCCGAUACGAAAGAUCAUUUAUGUAAACAACGUACACGUGUGUUUGUAUUAAUCCUGUGGCAGGAAAUCCAACCACAUUGGACCGAAUGUAACAAUAUAUACACCAGACGAUCAUGGAACGAAAGCCUGAUGUCCCAAUAGAUCUAGUCGUGAAGUUUGGCGGUAGCGCCAUUACAGAUAAAAGCCGUUUGGAGACUCUGAAGGAGGACAAUCUGAAAUUGGCAGUUGACGUCAUCAGAAAGUGUGUAGAGCGCGGACUUCGAUGUGUAGUUGUUCAUGGAGCAGGGUCGUUUGGUCAUCACCAUGCUAAAGAAUACGAAGUUAAUAAUGGCGUGAAGGGGUUACCAGAAGAGGUGAAGAGGAGACGAUACGGCAUGUGUCUUACCCGUAUAUCUGUUACCAAGGUAAUGUGUCUCACCUGUAUAUAUGUUACCAAGGUAAUGUGUCUCACCCGUAUAUCUGUUACCAAGGUAAUGUGUCUCACCCGUAUAUCUGUUACCAAGUUAAACCAUUUGGUGGUAAGGAGUCUUGUGGAAAACGAUGUCAACGCCAUUGGAUUACCAGCGGCAGGUUUCUGGGUGACGGACACUGGUAAGAUCUCCCGCCACGGAGUUACCGGCAUCAUGGAGCUAUUGGACAAUGGUUUUGUACCAGUCCUGCAUGGAGACUGUGUACUGGACAUCAGUAAAGGAUGUCACAUCCUUAGCGGUGACGUCAUCAUCAAGACACUCUGUAAAGAACAUUUGGUAAACCGUGUCGUAUUUCUAUCAGAUGUUACAGGGGUUUAUGACAAGCCUCCUUCAGAAACAGACGCAAAGCACAUUUCGAAAAUCUGUGUGGGUGAAAAUGGAAAAAUAAUGGCAGACAUCUCUACCACAAGUAGUCCGUAUGACGUCACGGGUGGAAUGUUGUUAAAGAUAUGCACAGCUAUGGACAUAGUGACUGGUUCUGGCGGGAAAACAAAAGUGUAUGUCACCAAAGUGGGAUCUGGCAGUGUAAACCCGAUCUGUUUAGGUCUGGAUACGGGACAACUAGAUCACACGACAUUUACAGAAAUUAUUCAUCAGACGUGACCGGGUUCCUGUCUAAACCGAAUGAUCCUGGGACACUUUUCCUGUCGGAAUAGUAAGGUUAUGUUUGCAGUGUCCGGUUUUGUUAACAGUUUGAAAACUGGAUUAGGCACGUGUCUUUCACCAUGACGGAUCGAGUUCAACUCCAAAAGUUAUUAGGUCCAUGCAAGCUCGUGGGUUUUACAUUUCCCCCACAUUUAAGACACAUGUGCUUCCAUCCGAACAAACAAGAGUGGUCAAAUACAAUUGACAAAAUGUUUCACAAAUAUUGCAAAACUAAUAAAGUUCACCUUAGAUACUAUUGUCUUAUGUUCACAUUAACCUAAUAUAACGUAAUUGAAGUACAUGUAAAGUGAAAUUAUUACAUACACAAAUGUGUUUUUGUGAUGACUUUUCGUCUCGUGUAAACCCAAUUUCCUGUAAUUGUGUCUCGAGAUACAUGUCCUGUAAAUGUUUAUUUGCGGUAUCUCCUCCUUUCCUGUAAUUGUGUUUCUGUGGUGUCUCUUCCUUUCCUGUAUCAUUUUCUGUGCUAUGGGAUAUGUGUUAAUUACACCGUACAUGUUCCUUCUGUGUUUGAAACAAGAUAAACAAAAUAACAUUAG